AUGGCUGCCCUUCAGCCGGAGGGCGCCGUGGACAUGAACUGGCUGCCCGGAGACGCUGGGGGACUGGAUCUAGACGGCCUACAGAAUUACUUCGGCCAGGCGCAACCCGGGGCGCUAAGCGACCCGCUCCUCAUGCAAGCCCAAAUCCCCUACCGCAACGCGAUGCCUGGUGGCUUCCCUGCUCCGCCACCCUCGGCCAACCUGUUCAGCAGCAUAGUCCUCCCGGACGGGCUGAACCAGAUGGGCGGCGGCGGCGGCGGCGGCGGCGGCGGCGACGAUUCUGGGGACAGCAGUGGCGGGGCGCACGCGGGGGGCGGCAAGAAGUCGGCGGAACAGCGGGCAGCAGCAGUGCAGGAGAAGAAUCGGCGGGCACAGAAACGGUUCCGAGAGCGCCAGAAAGCCAAGAUGAAGGACAUGGGGGAGCAGCUGGAGGACAUGAGCUCGGAGCUGAGCAAGCUGCGGGUUGAGAAUAACUCGCUCAAGAACCGCAACACCAUCCUGGAGAAGGUGCUGGCGCUGCGCGACGAGCAUAUCCGCAUGCUGCAGGAUGAGCAGCAGGUGUUUGACCUGGGCAAUCACUACCUGCAAUCCAGCAACCAGAAGUUACUGACUGGUGGCGCGAGUGGCGCUGGGGCACUUACGCUGGGCACCACUGCCGGGCCGCUGACGACGUCGGAGAUCAAGGCGGUCAAGGGCAUGCCCUCGGAUGUGGUCAUUGGGCGGUGGAAGGAGACGGUGCGGGAGCUGGGGAACAUUCUGGUACAGAUUGAGGGCUGCCCCGACAGCAACGACACGCGGCACCAGGCAGCCAUGAAUGCGCUGUGCCAGGUGCUGGACUCGGCGGGACAGCUAUGCAUGCACACGGCGGUGCUGCACCCGACCAACAUGCAGAAGCUGAUCGCGGCUACGCUAGAUGACGGGCGCAGCGGCGUGACAGCAGAGGAUCGCACCCGCUGGGCUGCCGUCACGCAGAGCCUGCAGCUCAGCCACGACCAGCGCGCACAGAUUGUGAGCCUGCGUGCCAUCUUCCUGCGCCGCAUGACCAAGGUGAUGGAGGAGCGUCGCGGCAUCCUGGCCAAGCUGCAGAUGGUCAACAUCCCCGACCGAAUGAUGGCGCUGCAAAGUGUGAUCAGCGAGACGCUCAAGGUGAACGAGUGCACGUCAGAGCUGAAGGCCAACUUGCAGGAGGAGCAUCUGGCAGGCAUGGAGUUCAUUGGCACCGUGUUCAAGACCAUUCUGUCGCCGCUGCAGAAGGCACGCGCCAUUGUGCAGUCCUACCCCUUCUACCCAGAUGUGUAUCAGAUCGCCACCGUGCUGGCAUUGGAAAAGGGCGGACCAGCAGCGCUGGAGAGCUUGGAGGCGGCCACGGCAGCAGCAGCCGGCAAUCCAAUCACCAUUCCAACGGCAUACAAACACUGA